AUGGUUAUAUUUUUGAGAUUCUUAGUCACCAGUUGUCUUGUGUUUUGUAUAGAUGCAAAUUUUACUAAAGUUUCCAGAAAUAAUAUCUUACUUUCGAGACGGAAAAGAUAUGUCGCUUUUCCGAUGGGAAGUAAUUUAGUGAUCUCAAUGGCAGCUGUGAAAGCUUUCCUCCAGGUCCAGCCGACAGGUUGGAAUAUACUGUUCGAGGUCGAUGUCCCUUUCGCUUUACCCAGUGAGCCAUUGUUCUUCAAAAAAAAGAAGAAACAUAAGAAGGAGAGAAGGAGUAUUUAUUCUCAACUGGAUACAGCCCUCACAGAAAGUGGUCUUAACGGUACCGCUUGUGUAAGAAGGAUUAUUUGCGAUGCUCAACAGUUUAUUCCAACAAAAGGGAAAUCCUUGGUAAAGGACCUCCUGUUAGCUAUAUUCACGUCUUCAGAACCUGAUUACGAUGAAAACUAUCAGGGACAUUGUGACAGAGACAGCUGGACAGAGUGUGAAGUACCGUUUCUCGACUUCAUUUUGAAAAGCUUCGAAAUGCGGGAAACUUCAUGA